AUGUCAUAUGAAUCCAAACACCCAGCAUUACUUCCCAGUUUCCAUCCCUUAGCCAAGCUAAUAGCCAAAUCCAUUCACGAAAAAUUGGUACAUGGUGGCGGCAACGUUACACUCGCCGUCAUGCGCGAGGAAUAUUGGCCGGUGAACGGUCGUCGACUAGUACGCAGUAUUAUACGCAACUGCUUCAAAUGCGCCCAAGCAAAUCCCGCCCCAAUUCAUCAGCAGAUCGGUCAACUUCCUGCAGCCCGAAUAACACCAAGCAGACCAUUUACCGCAUACAUUUGUUUGUUUGUGUGCUUUGUGACCAAAGCAGUUCAUCUGGAACUCGUGGGUGAUCUUUCGACGCCAGCCUUCCUUACUGCUCUUCGCCGUUUCGUUGCACGUCGUGGCCGAUCAGCGCAUCCGCACUCUGACAACGGGAAAAAUUUCUUUGGAGCCAAGAAUGAGCUCCAUGAAUUGUACCAGAUGUUAUCCAACCCUAGAGAAGUCGAGAAAAUUAGUCAAGCUUGUGUCAAUGAGGAGAUCGUUUGGCACCUGAACCCGCCAAAAGCACCACACUUUGGAGGGCUCUGGGUGGCAGCCGUAAAGGUUGCCAAAUCUCAACUAUAUCGACAGCUUGGUGGAUCCCGUUUGUCCUACGAAGAUAUGUCUACAAUCCUGGCCGAAAUCGAAGCUGCAAUGAAUUCGCGGCCAAUCGUUCCAAUGUCUGAAGACCCGAAUGACUGCACAGCGCUCACACCUGCUCAUUUCCUAAUUGGAACAAACAUACAUGCAGUACCCGAUCCUGACUUAAGCAAAAUCCCAUUUACUCGUCUCGACCACUAUCAACGAUUGCAGCAGUUGUUUCAACAAUUUUGGCACCACUGGAGGACGGAGUACCUCCAAGAGCUCCAACGGGAUAAUAUUACUGAGAUUCGACCUGGUAGAUUAGCAGUAAUAGUAGAUGACUUCCAGCAUCCUGUUCGUUGGCCUCUCGCCCGCAUCAUUGCAGUGCAUCCUGGAAAGGACAAUCUUCGGCACGAGAAACUGUCGAAGAAAUCUGACGAAAUCCAGACCGUACGCUUGCUGCUAGCUCGGACGCUAGCUGGCGGAGCGCUGGAAUAUCAACCACAAACUUCGAAACUGUCACGCGCUCGUGUCCUGGAAUGGUUUCUAGAAGGGGCCCUUGUAACGAACGAUCGUCUUACGGCACAAACGCAUAUAGCCGUCUUCCGGAUGUCAAAGCCACCGGUCGGUAUAAUGACAACCAGUCUGCCAGCGUCGUUCCGCUCACCGCAUGACACUGGCUAUGUGCAAUGCACAUGCACUUGA